CAGACAGCUGUAUCUUAGCGACCGAGCGUAGCGUCUCCAGAAGGAAAAGCAUUCGAGUGCAGUGCCAAAUUAGCAAUUUACCAUAAGUUAUAGCUAAUUGUGUACUUCAUCUAGCUAUGCAAUCGACGGACAAAUUCUAGCAAUCUAUAAUCCCCUUACCUUUAACCCAGCUAACUACCUUUGCUUGAGCACUAACACGAGCUAAUAAGCGAAAACGGCUAGCUAGGCUCCUACGAAGAUUCAGCUAACUUAGUUAGCUCGCUAGGUAGCUAGCUACCAACUUUUGAGAACAUGGAUAAUAACCUGCUAACGACCUCGACCGGGUUAAAUUCUUGAUGAAAAUAAAUAUCGUAGCUAGGUAUAUCUGAACUUUGUGUUCGCGUUUUCGUUCUAAAAAUGGCACCUAAGAAGAAAGGGCCUUUGCAAACAGUACAAAGGAACACAGAUGAUAUUAAAAAACAGGUUGAUAGUUUGAUAUUGGAAGUUCGUCAGUUCAAAGGAUCUACAGAGAGCAAAGCAAUAGUAGAGGCAUCAGAGAGAUGCACACAUUUACAAAGAUCGGUUGAAGAAACUUUGAUGACUCUGAAGAAGUUAACCAAAGCUGAUGAACCAGCGCCAGUGGGGAAUUACGAGCAAAGAAAAGUGGAUGAAGAAAACAGAUUGAACAGGAUUCAAAAACAGCUGCAAGCACUGGCGCUCACAGUCUCUCCUGCUCAAAAGCCAGGCACAAGCCAAAGUGCAGACCUGCCAAGUUCUUCUCAGACCGAGGAGGAAGAUGAUGCAGGAGUGGACAGUGAGGAAGAGGAAAGUGAAGAAGAGGAAGAGGAAGAUGAAGAAGAUGAGGAAGAAGAUUUAGAAAAACAAGCAGAGACUUUCAUUGCCAUAAGUGCUUUUACAGCCGAACAAGUUGGUGACCUAACAGUGCAGAAGGGGGACCGGCUGAGUGUCCUCAGUAAAAAUCCUGAUGGCUGGUGGCUUGCUCAAGACUCAAGUGGAAACAAAGGUUUAGUGCCCAAAACAUAUUUAAAGGUGCCCCAGGGUGAGGAAGAGGAAGAGGAUUCAGAGACUGAAGAAGAGAGUGAGGAGGAAAUGGAUGAAGUCUCAAAAACCAAGCAGAGCAACCAAAAAUCUGCGUGGGAUGUUGUGAGAAAAGAAGUUUUAGAGAUGAACGCUACAGACGUUCUGGCAGCCAUGGGUGCCAUUCCCCCUGGGUUCCGCCCCUCCACUCUGUCAAAUCUGCUCAAUGAAGGGAAGACAUACAGAGGUAGUUACUACCUCCAGCCAGAGCUCAGCCAGUCCCGCCUAGCCUUCAAAGACCUGUUCUGGGACCCGGAUACUGGAACUGUUCGGCCCCGGGUCUCCAGGACGUCUCUGCCGCUGACGCUGUGGAGCUGCAGGAUGAUCCCCACGCCGGGGGUGGGGGUCCAGGUGCUCAGCAGACACGUGCGGCUCUGCGUGUUCGACGGUGCCAAGGUCCUGAGUAACAUUCACACAGUCAGAGCCAGUUACAAUUCAAAAAACCCCAAGACCUGGACCUUUUCACCAAGGAUGGUUGGAAUCCUUCCCUGCCUGCUAGACGGAGAUUGCUUUGUCCGGAGUGACUCCCAGUCACCUGACAUGGGAAUCCUGUUUGAACUUGGGGUCACCUACAUCCGAAAUUCCACAGGUGAGAGGGGAGACCUGAGCUGUGGCUGGGCAUUCCUCAGGCUGUUCGACGCGAGCGGUGUGCCCGUACCGCACAGAACCUAUGAGCUGAGUGUGCACGGAGGCACGCCGUAUGAGAAAGGCGUGGAUGUGGACCCCUCUAUAACCAGGAGAGCUGCUGGGAGCAUGCUGCAGCAGAUGAUGGUCUCCAGGAAACAGCCCAAGCUUGUCGUCAAGCUAAAAUCACCCAACGCCAACACCAGGACUAGUCUGAACCUCCUACCGGACACUCUGGUUGGCUCCAGGUGCAGCAUCCAGUUGCUGGCGAUGUACAGACAGGUGCUGGCCGAUGCUCUUCUGAGAGACCGGCUCACCAUGCAGAAUGCAGAUCUUAUCUGCAGCCCCGUGCUGGCGACAUUCCCCCAGAUUCUCGACCAGACGGAUCUUUUGGAUGCUCUCAGGAGCAUGUGGGCGGAGAGAGAGAGUGCACUGAAGAGAUCUGCGAAGCGGGACAGUGAGCUGUUGAAAAGCCUGUUUGUGGAGGUGUACUUGGACAGUGUCUUCCCCCUCCUGAACUCGGCCAGCCUGCCGCCCCCCCGCUGGGCUGACGAGGAGCAGGAGAACCAGCGUGCCAGGGCCAUCUUCUCCUGGGCCCCACAGGGCUCGCUUGCCGCCCUUCUGUCCCCCGACACGGCCCAGGAGGCCUUCGACAUCACCCAGGUCACCUACGACUUCCUGAACCCGGUCAGAGCAGCCACAGCCAGCUGACCCGCCUGCACAAGGGGCCCCACUGUCGGCUAACCUGCCUGCACCGUGGGCCCCACUGUCAGCUGACUCGCCUGCACGAGGGGCCCCACUGUCAGCUGACCCACCUGCACGAGGGGCCCCACUGUCAGACCAAGCCUCAGGACUGUCCUGUCCAUUGUCCUGAAUUAUUUUUUCCCUUUUCAGGACAGGUUGCUGUAAGGACUGCCUGUAGACGGGGUAAACGAGUGCAUUUCUGAGAAGCAUUUUUGUGAAAAGAUUGCACUUGUGUGAAAAGCGUGCAACCUUUGUGUGAAGCCUUGUCACAAUCUGGGAGGAACUCUUUGAUCGGCAUAACUUUGGAGGGUGGGGGUCUAGCCAAGCCUUGUGCAUUGCUAAAUGAUGCAAUGGUUUUGAGUUUCUGUGUUUUACUUGCAUAAAUAAAUACACAUCUAAGAAAAA